AUGUGCAAGUUCUCGCAAAAAAAAAACUUCAAUGAUACAUCAGCUAUUGUCUAUCCUGGCCUUUCCCUUCUCAUUGACGGUGAUUCGGAAACAGCUUGUGUGAGCCUUGCUCAAGAAGAGCAUGUUACUACCCCUGUCACUACCCCUGGCUCAAGUGAAAUAGGUGGUGAUCAUGGCCAUGGUGGCCGUGGUAGCCGUGGUAGUCGUGCUUGCCAUAGUGGUUGUGAUGGUCGUGGUGGCAGUGUUGUUGACCAAGAUGAGACCGGUACUCAAACACAAGUUCCCAGCCGAGUCAACAUUUCUUGGGACCACCAGUCAACUGUCAUCUUGUUGAAUGAAGUCAUGAAGCCCAACUACAUGAGCUUGGUCGACAUGCCUAACACACAGUUAAGAGGUGAAUGGUGGGACCAGAUGGUGGUGACGUUCAAGAGACUAUUGAGUCAGAAUGGCCUUGAUGUGGGUGCUUCAAACGACAUGAUAACACCAAGAAAGUUGCAAGACAAAUGGGCAGAUUUGAAGAACUUUCAUUCUGUUCAGCGAACCCUUAACAGAACAGGUGUUGGAGGACAUACGGGUGAAGAGAGAUGUCCAUACUACAACUAUGUUUUCGAAAUCUUGCGUGAUGAUCCAUCCGAAAAUUCUGGCGUCAAUGUUGAAUCCAUGGUUCGUGAUUGGCGCCAUGGAGUUACGAUUUCGAUGACAUCUAGGGCUGAAGCUUCUAUAGCUGAACUGCAGAGAAACAUUGAGGUUGCUGCUUCUGCUUCUGCUGUUGCAUCUGUUGAACCUUCUCUUCUCAGUACUUCUGACAUGAAUAUUGCAACAGCCACGUCAAACAGCAACAAUAGUGCUGGUCCUUCUAGUAGGCUACCCACCAGGGGUACAAGACGAACAAGAAAAGAAUAUGAGGCAGAAAGAGAUGACAUGCUCUUUGAAAGACUUCUGGGCAUGCACCGUGAGAGUGAAGAACGCACAAAGGAAGUCUUGCAUUCUCUCGCUGCUUCAAUGAGAGAGGAGAGUGAAGCCCUUCGACGAGACCAACAGCAACAGCACCAACAGACGUUGGAAAUGUUAGAAAGGAUUGCGAGAGAGCCAGACAAUCGCCUGUUAAGUGUUAUUGGGCCUUUCUUUAACACUAGAAAUAGAAACGGUGAAAAUAACAAUAAUGAUAACAAUAGCUAG